AUGGCUUCAUCUUCCUCCCCUGCUCCAUCUUCUCAAUAUCCACAGCCAUAUGAUAUUUUUUUAAGUUUUAGAGGUGAGGACGUCCGCGGAGGUUUCGUCAGCCAUCUUUAUGCUGCUCUUGGCAUAAGCGAAAAAACAGAAACAUUCAUCGACCGCAAACUUCCGAAAGGAACGGAGUUGUGGCCAUCUCUUAAGAAAGCCAUUAAAGAUUCAACUAUGUCUCUUGUGAUCUUCUCAGAAAACUAUGCAUCUUCUAAGUGGUGCUUGAAGGAGCUUACAAAAAUAUUAGAUUGCUCCAAAAAUCAAGGUCAUCUCGUGGUGCCAGUGUUCUAUAGAGUAGACCCUUCACAUGUGAGGAAGCAAUCUGGGAGUUACCAGAAAGCAUUUGAAGACCUUAAGCGCAAUGGCAUCAGCGAGCAACGACUGCAGAAGUGGAAGAAGUCUCUCACUGAUGCUGCCAAUUUGGACGGUUUCCACAUCUCCAAUAGAGAUGAUGAAGCAGACCGAAUUAAAGAAAUAGUGAGGAUUGUUACAGAAAUGUUGAGCGAGCUGCAUCCAAGUGAAGAUAACCCAGAAGGCUUGAUUGGAAUUGAAGAGAGAAUGAAGGACGUGGAAUUAUUGUUGGACAAGGAGUCCAACGAUGUCCGAAUUAUUUGCAUUUGGGGGAUGGGCGGUCUGGGCAAAACAACUCUUGCAAGAGCAUUGUAUAACAAGUGGUGUUCUGAAUACAAAGGGUCUCAUCAUUUUGUGGAAAAAGUGGGAGAAAAAUCAAAGAAUCAUGGAAUACAGGCUGUGAAGAGUGAUCUUAUUAAGGCAUUAUUAGGGGACAACAAUUCUCACACUAGUUCUUAUGACAUGAGGAGACUUAGACGGAAAGAAGUUUUUAUUGUUUUUGAUGAUGUUAAUGAUUAUGAUCAAGUAUACAAUUUGGUUGGAAGGCGCGAUUGGUUUAGACCAGGGAGUAAAAUCUUAAUAACAACUAGAGAUAGUGGAGUCCUUGGUACUAAAGUAGAUCGCGAUGCUAUAUAUGAACUGAAGGGUUUGGAUUCUAAGGAGGCUUUUCAACUUUUCUCCUCACAUGCCUUUGGAAAAGACCGCCCUGCCCCUGACCCAAAACUAGGGGGGUUGGCCACGAAACUGACUAGGUAUGCAAAUGGGAAUCCACUGGCCCUGAGAGUUUUAGGUUCCUCCUUGGCUAACGCGGAAGAUCCAGAAACUUGGGAAAGCCGAUUAGAAAAACUUCAAAAAGUAGCUGAGCCAGACAUUAACAAAGUCCUGAAAAUAAGUCUUGACGAACUUGAUAAUGAAGUGAGAGAGAGUUUCUUGGAUAUCGCAUGUCUUGUAACUCAUGGUGAUAAUGUUGGGACGGUAAAAGAUUUGUUAAAAGCACGACGUGGUUAUUCAGUUUGUUGUGAAUUGAAAAGACUUAAAGAGAAAGCUCUUGUAGAAGUUGCAUUUGGGAGCGUAUUCAUGCACGAUCUGCUAAGAGAAAUGGGUCGACAGGCUGUUCGUGAUGAGUCACCAAAACAUCCUAGAAAGCGCAGUCGAUUAUGGGAUCCUAAAGAAAUAUCUGAAAUAUUGGGGGCAAAAAAGAUAAGGGAAAGUGAAGCCAUUGUUGAAGGUGUAAGCCUGAACCUUCGAGAAGUUGGAGAGAUGCGCUUAAGUCCCGGGGCCUUUCGUUCAAUGCCCAACCUAAAGGCUCUUAAUAUUUAUUCUUGUGGCAAAAUCGACGGUGGGGAUGGAUUAGACUUUUUGCCAGAAGGACUCACAAGCUUGCGUUGGAUGGCAUACCCUUUUGAGUCCUUGCCAGCAACAUUCAAGGCUGUAAGUCUUGUUCAAUUGGAAAUGCCCUUGAGCAGUUUGACAAGACUUUGGGAUGGAGUGCAGAAUCUUGUGAACUUAAGCAAAAUUACGCUCCGUCAAUCAAUGGGGUUGAUUGAACUCCCAGAUUUUUCCAAGGCCACACGUCUUGAACAUGUUGAUCUCGAGUGGUGCUCAAAAUUGCGGAGUGUACAUCCAUCUAUUUUAUCUCUCCCCAACCUGCGUCGUUUAUCGCUACGCUGUUGCCUGGCCCUUACCAGCCUUACAAGCGAUACCCAUCUCCAAUCUCUCAUUGAGCUCGAUGUACAUGGGUGCUCAAGGCUGAAGGAAUUUUCAGUGACCUCAGAAAAAGAAGAGCUCGAUUUACAACUUUCAGGAACUGCCAUCAGUGGUGCGUUGCGCUCAUCAAGUGGGCAUCGCAGCAAAAUUCGUUCAUUAGCUCUAGCCGAGUGCAGAAUUGUGACAAGCGUUCACGAAUUGAUUGAGCUGCGUGACCUUCAAGUUCUUGAUGCUGGAGGGUGUAAUAAGCUAGCAUCACCUCUCCUGUCCAAGUGUGAUAAGAUGGGUGCUUUGCGAAUUCUAUCGCUUGCGUAUUGCAAUGAAUUAUCUGAACUUCCCAAUAACAUCAGCUUGCUGUCAUCAUUACGUCAGUUGCAUCUCUCAGAGACUCAUGUAGAGACCUUGCCUUCAAGCAUCAAACAUCUUUCACGCCUUCAACGUCUUGAACUGAAUAGAUGUAAAAGGCUUCGUCGUCUACCAGAGCUCCCUCCCUCUAUCUUGACAUUGACUGCCACCGACUGCACAUCCCUUGAGACCAUAGAAUCCCUUGAGACCAUACAAUAUUCACCUUCGACAAACGAAGGUGAAAAAGGAAAAUAUAAGCCAUAUCCGGGCUUUUUAUUCACAAAUUGCAAGAAGCUGAGUCGACGGACAAUCAAAGCUGCUGAGGCAAGAGUCCUACUUGAGGUAAAGAAAGCCACUUAUGACCAUGCUGGAUUGGAAUAUCCAGGAGAAAGUGUUCCAAAGUGGUUCAUGUAUAGGGAUGAAGGGUCAUCGGUGUCUGUGAAUCUCAGUUCGAUUCCAAAUUAUGAGGAUGGGGUAUUCCUUUUUUGCGCCUUCUUUAAUAAAUUACCAUUUUGGUUGGGAGGAAACAUUGAUGCCAAAUGGUUUAUUGAUGGUGAAUAUGCUUGCCGGGCCGCUAAAAGGUCGUGUGGACUGGGUGGGGUGGGGUCCUCAACGCAUGUUGGUCUUUGGUAUGAUCCUGAUUCACUUGGAGAACUAAAAAGGAAAAUUGAAGAAAGGAAAAGAAAUGGUCAGAGCAACACGGAGCUUGAAGUAAAAUUCGAAGGUUCCAGAGAAGUAGAGAUCAAAAGGUGUGGGAUCGAUUGGCAUUACAGCCACAACCUCAUUCUGUUGAAUCUUGAAGAAUUUCAACAGCUGGAUUCAACUGAGCGAUUCUCUCCAAUUCCUUUCUUCAAUUCCUUGCUACCAAAUGGGCUAUAA